CAUGAAGACACGGAAACGAAAAAACAAAGAUUAUGGAUAACUUGUUUGACAGAUUAAAUGCAUCAACCGAAUCUGUCCGAUCACAUAGAGAUGUUUUGAAUGGAUAUCCAUUGAAAUUUCAGGAUGUCAGCGACGGAAAACCUGCGGAACGAGAGAAAGCACAUUCCGAUGUGAACGUUGACAAGCAAGAUGGCGGGAAGGAAACGUCAGUGCAAAAAGCAUCAGGAACGAAGGAAGAGCGCCCGUCUUCUUUCGUCAUUCCAAAGAAGAAGAGACGCACCACUGAUGUUCUGUUUGAUGUGAAAGUGAGCUCAAGAGAUUUCCAGCAUGAGAUACUUCCCACUAUUACCAAAAGUUAUCGCCAGCCACAGUCCAGUUCCAGAUUUAGUUAUGACCAGGUCAAGUUGGUGCAAAAUACAUACCUGACAGAGGCUUAUAUGGAAAAAAGAAGAGAGCUGCGUGGGUGUGGAUAUGUAGAGAAGGAGCUAUCAGAUAGCUUUGCUUUUCUAUGUAUGGACUCGGAGAAUGAGGAUGAGACUGUAAACAAAAUCUGCAGAGAGGGUCUUCACAUCGGAAACAGUGCAGAUUCCUGUUUGGGGCACCCCAAAAUGGGUGUUCAUUUAUGUAAGCAUGCAGACAUUUUGAAACCAGUUGGACUAAGUUCAGGCUAUACAGGGCAUAUCAUUGUCUUCAAGGUUAUAAAGGGAAAGAUUAAAUUGGUUAUGGAAAAUAGAAGUGGGAGUAACCUUGAGCCAACACCUAACCAUGACUGUCACAUAUCUUCAACUACUGGGAACGACCUCAGCUCAAUGAACCAGCAAAACUUGUACGAGUCAACUCAGUUGUACCUGUACGAGUAUGGAGAUGAAAAUGUCCAAGAUGUACCACGGAAUGUCUGCCCGGUGGCUGUCGUCAGGUUUACAUACAAUGAAAGUCAUAAGGAUAUCAAGUCUCCAGAAAUGAGCAGUCCAAAGUUUCCAAUGCGGUCGCCACUGUCAGUGAAACCGGUGCAAAGCUCUCCACAAUUAAAGGGGGAGGAGCAGAAAUUUGUGGUUUGGAGUGGUCAUCUAACAGUCAAAGGUUUAUAUGCCUGCUCAGUAGAAAUGAUUUCUCAAGCUGGACCUGCCAAGCCAUCCAGAAUUGGUAAGGGAAUCAACGUCACACAUAAGAUGCCGAUAGCCCAGGCGAGGAAGAAAUAUCUCCAGAGAGUAACAUCGUUAGACAGACAACGUGAGGGAUACUGGAAUGGUUACUAUGUAAAUGUGUGUGAGCUACACCCUGUCAAACCUGAGGGAAAAUCACACUUCCAGAAGGUUAUGAACUACCUUGGAAAACACAACUGUGUUGCCAUUAGAAAACUUGAGAAGGAUGUAGUGUUGCUUCUACUGACAGCAAGUGAGCUAACAUUCCAGCUGGGGUUAACAAAGCCUCAUCAGUACCCUGUGAUUUUGUACAGCAUAUUUCUCUCCAGGACUUCCAGGAAACAUGGAGCUGUACAAACAGAUCCUUUGGUCCAGACUUCAGCACCAACUUGCUUACCGUCCAGUUUUGGCUCUGAUCCCCACCUUAGAGAAAAGACGAAGCCUCUUCACAUCAGUCUCUCAAUCUCUCAAACUGUGCCACAUCUAUCGGACAGCAUAACAAAUUCCACUGUAGUCAGUCCUAAUAACACUUACCCUGGUCUUGUCUGUGGACAGAUGCCCCCACCUCCCUCUCCGACUAAAGGGUUGAGGUCAACUACAAGAGUUUCUCCAGUGGUGGGGGUAGCUCCAAAGAGAUGGGAAGUAUCUUCUCCACCCCCAGCUUUCGACCCCAGCCAGCCUCCUCCACCACUGACACCUCCAGUAAUGGCACCUACCUCUCCGAUCCAAGGUCUAAUAUCGCCAGUGCAUGCUCCCUUAUCACCACUUAAUCAUUGGGCUUUGAUCCCUCCUCCUCCUCCCCCUCCUACCCCACCUCCUCCUCCUCCUCCCCCUCCUACCCCACCUCCAAUGACUCCAACCCAGGAUCUAACUCCAGAUAGUCCUCAUUUUGCACAACCCAUGGACAUGGUCCUUUCUACAUACAGUCCCAUAAAAAGCCCAGUUACAAGUCCCAUGACCCAUUCACUAUCUCCUUCCCAGCCUUUGCAGUACUGUCUACCCAUGACUGGGCCAGCACAUUCAAGUGGAGGUCUCAAAGAUCCAAGAGACCAUCCAAGAGACCCAAGGGAAAAAUCCAGAGAUCCAAGACAUAGCAGAGACUACGCAAGGAGCCCCAGAGAGCAUGCAAGGGAUCCACUGUCAGGCUACAUGUCCCCUGUGUCAGUGCACCGUGACCCUACCUUAGGUGGAGAGAAAAGCCCAACAUCAUCAGGUCCAUUCACCUCUAGUCCACAUCAUCCUUCCCAGCCUCCUCCAAAGCUUCAGACUCCUCCUCCUUCUCCAAGACAUGAAUUGCAAGGACCACAAUUUGAAUCUCCAAGGCAUUUUUCCAGUUACCCACCUAAAACCAGUCUGCUAAUUUCCGAUCAGAUGAAGUCUGAAUUCAAAAAGCAAGCAAAAACACUAGAAUCAAUAGCACAACGAAAUUGGAACAAGUCUCGAACACCAACAAAUCAAUCAAAUUGUCUAUUUAGUAUGAGUUCUGACAGCGAGUCCGAGAUGUCCGAUUCAGAGAUGAAUAGGAUUGUUAAGCGACUCGGCAUACCAACAGAUGAAUCUAUGGACACAGAAGGCAGUACCAAGGGUAGCCCUAGCAAACCAUUAUCUGAAGUCCGCUGCAUUGAAGAGGUUACAGAUAUGAAAGAACUUCUGAAUAAACGUUUGGACAAACAAGCAGAAAAAAAGACAGAGAAAAUUAAAGAUUCGAAGAAACAGGAGGCUGAAGCGAUGCUCCAGUUACUGAAUAGUGCAGUUUGUGAUAAAAAUCGGCAACAUAAAGGAAAGGUUGGAGCAGAGUGUACUCAGAAACUAACAACUUUUUCAGUGAAACCUUUGCCUAAUAAAAAGAAUCCGGAGAUAAAAGGUUUAAAGACAUCUACAGACAAAAUCAAAACCUCAAAAAGAGAUAAAGUAAAUUCCAAAACACCGAAAGAACCCUGUCAUACUCACAGUGAGUCAACAAAGCAAAGAAGCUCUAAGAAGGAAGAGCACAAAUUAAUCCAGUCUGGAAAGUCAAUAGCUGUGACAGAAAGCAAGUGUAAAACAACAAGUGGUAGCCAGAAACAGAUCAACAUCCCAAAAACUUCUGACAAAAAAUCUUUCCAGUCACAGCAGGAAGCCAGUUCUUCAACAAGCACUUGUCAUGGAAGGAUCUUCGAGAAAACAAAAGAACAGAAAUCUACUAAAAAUCGGUCAAGGACAUCUAGUAUAAGUUCACAAAGUGGUCACAGUUCAAAUAAAGAGAAAAAAUCUGUGACAAAAACUACUGCAAUGAAGUCUUCAAAAAAGACUGAGCCAAUUGAUGGAAAAGCUGAGAGACUUAAAACUUUUGCAGAAAAGUAUAAUGAGUCUUGCAAACUACUGCAAAAUCACGACCAAAAGACUUCAAAGACUUCAAAACCAACAACAACAUCGAGUAUUAAAGGUACUCCAGUGACAGUGAUGGACAUGUCUUUACCACUGAUAACAGACAAAUCACAAGUUCCAAAAUCAUUCCACCCAGAACAAAAUCUGCAAUCAAAAGUGAAAAACUCAUCCAACAAGAUACGGGCUCGUGCUUACAGUUCUAGUGAAAUAGAAAAUAGUCAUAAAGUUAGUGAAGAACAUUUGAACAGUGCCCCAAAGAAAGCCAAACUGGACCCCACCGUCAGCAUUGAAAAAUCCAGUUCAUGGAAUAAAGUUAAUUCAGGUGCAUCAAAAAAGACUGUUCCUGUGGUUGGUGAGAAACAACAGACCAAUGAAAAGAAACUGUCCUUCAAGAUCAAGGGACCAAAAUCUUUACUGAAGAAAGAUCCACUUAGUAUCAACAAGGGAGGCAAAAGAUGUCCUGCCUGGGUUGUAUAGCUCAGAUAAAUGCAAGUUGGGAAGGAUUCCCAAGUUAUCAAAGAUACCGAAAAAAGGACAAAAAUCUUCAAAAACUGAUUCUGCUUC